GUAUGAAAGAAGAAAAAAGAAGACACAAGUAGAUAGAGAGAUAAACUAAAAAACAAACCCCAUUCGACUCGUACGACGACACCUUCCAAUUGACUCCACCACCCUUUUCCCAUCUUCUUUUAUCAUCAGAUCUAUUUGCUCUCUCUUCCAGAUCUGGGUUUUCUUUCUACGCCUUCAUCAUCAGCUUAUGUUAGAUCCGAUCACCACCUGUUUGUAGAAAGUCUUGACUGAAAUUUUUGAUCUGGGUUGCUAUGAACUCGUAGAGGAAUUUGGAUACUUCUAAUUGGGGCUUUGGAAGCCGGAAAAAAUGGAAGAAGUGGGCACUCAAUUAGCUCCUCCCUUGUAUAUGUACAACACAAUCGGCGCCGGUAGGUUUUCCAAUGGCCAUCCGAUGGCCAAGAAACGUAGCUUGCCGUUUCAAGGCACAAACUUUAUUCAACACCAACAACAACAACAGUAUCUCCAGAGGUUAAUUCCAAGUUUAGAUGAUUCUAGAAACAGUUGGAACCCGAAGAAUUGGGAAUGGGACAGCUCAAGGCUUGUGGCGAAACCUGUGGAUAUGAUGGAGAUUUCGAGAGAACAUGAACAACAACAACAACAUCAUCUGCCUGCUAUUGUUUCUACCAAUUCUGAUGUUUCAAAGAAGAACCCAGUUGGUCAAAGGGAAGAAGAUGAACGUUUAUUGUUGAAGCUUGGUGGUGGUUUGGUUCCCGGUGAGGAGCCGAUAACGAGGCCCAGCAAAAGGGUCCGAUCUGGAUCGCCAGGCAGUGGUGGAGGCGGUGGUGGUGGUGGAAAUUAUCCAAUGUGUCAGGUUGAUAAUUGUAAGGAAGAUCUAUCGGCCGCUAAAGACUAUCACCGACGGCACAAGGUGUGUGAGGUUCAUAGUAAAUCUGGAAAGGCCUUGGUUGGGAAACAGAUGCAAAGAUUUUGUCAGCAGUGCAGCAGGUUUCAUCCUCUUUCGGAGUUCGAUGAAGGGAAGCGUAGCUGUAGGCGUAGGCUUGCUGGUCACAACAGAAGAAGAAGAAAAACUCAGCCGGAGGAUGUUGCUUCACACUUGCUACUCGCUGGAAAUGGUGAUAAAAAUGGCAACGGAGAUAUGGAUAUUGUUAAUUUGCUAACUGUUUUAGCUCGUGCUCAAGGGAAUGCCGAGGAUAUGACGAGGAGUUCUUCACCAUUACCUAAUAAAGACCAGCUGAUACAGAUUCUUAACAAAAUAAACUCUUUGCCUAUGCCGGUAGACCUUGUGUCAAAAUUACCCGUUUCUGCAAGCUUGAAAACCAUCGAUCAAGAGAAACCGUCUUCAGAGAUUCAAAAUAAAGUCAACAGAAAAACCAGUUCAUCAACCAUGGACUUGCUUGGUGGUCUUUCUGGCACUUCAGAUGCACCUGCUCCUAACCCCCCUGAAAAUUCGUCACAAAAAAGAAACCUUGCGAUCGAGUCUGAUAAAACUAACUCUAGUUGUCGUGACCAGACCAUGGUUCUCAAUCCUCCCAACCAACCGGCGGCAGAGAUGCAUUCCGGUGGAGAAAGAAGUAGCACCAGUUUCCAGUCUCGUGGUGAAGAUUCAGAUUGCCAAGUUCUUGAUACUCCUCUUAAUCUACAAUUACAACUAUUUAGUUCUUCACCGGAAGACGAUAGCCCACCAAAAUUAGCAUCAAGCAGGAAGUAUUUCUCGUCUGAUAGCAGUAAUCCGAUGGAAGAUCGAUCUCCAUCCUCUUCUCCACCCGUUGUCCAAAGGCUUUUCCCAACGAAAUCUUCAAGAGGACGAAUGAAGCCCGAAAGUAUGUCGACCAGUGGAGAGGUUACUGCAAAUGUUAAAGCUAGCAGUGUCCAUGGUGGCACCAUGUCUCUUGAGCUUUUUGGAGGGCCGAAUGCGGGAACUGAUAAUAUUUCCAUUCAAAGUUCUCCUUACCGAGCUGGGUACACGUCUUCAUCUGGCUCGGAUCAGUCACCUUCGAGCUUAAAUUCUGAUCCUCAGGAUCGGACCGGGAGAAUACUAUUUAAACUGUUCGACAAAGAUCCAAGUCAUUUGCCUGGUUCAUUGCGCACACAGGUGUAUAAUUGGCUUUCUCAAAGUCCGUCGGACAUGGAAGGAUACAUAAGGCCUGGUUGUGUAGUUCUUUCGAUUUAUUUAUCUAUGCCGUUGUCUUCUUGGGAUCAGCUUGAAGGAAACUUUCUUCAGUAUAUCAAUUCUCUAUUGCAAGAUUCCGGCACUGAUUUUUGGGGAACUGGAAGGUUUUUAGCACAUACUGAGAAGCAAAUAGCGUCACAUAAGGAUGGGAAGGUCUAUCUGUUUAAAUCUUUGAAAGCAUGGAGUUCCCCACAGUUGAUAUCCGUCUCCCCGUUGGCUGUUGUGGCUGGAAAAGAAACUUCACUUCUCCUAAAAGGCAGAAAUCUAAGGACACCUGGCACCAAGAUCUACUGCACACAUGCCGAUGGAUGUUCGUUGGUGGAAGCAAAAGAAUCUUCUCAAGAAUCUACAUACGAAGAAAUAAGCACGUGUAGCUUCACAGUUUGUGCACCAAGUGUACUGGGUCGAUGUUUCAUUGAGAUAGAGAACGGUUUCAGAGGUACCAGCUUUCCCGUAAUUAUAGCUGAUGCUACUCUUUGCAAAGAAUUGAGGCUUCUAGAGGCUGAAUUUGGCGAAGUUUUGAACGGUCAGUCGAGUUCAAUGAAGGAAGUCUUGCAUUUCUUGAACGAGCUCGGAUGGCUAUUCCAGAGAAAGGGAGCGGAUUCUCAUUAUAGCCUUACUCGAUUCAAGUUCCUGCUUGUAUUCUCUGUGGAAAGGGAUUUCUGUGCUUUGGUGAGAACGCUUCUCGGUAUUCUACUUAAAAACGGCUCGGGCAUUACAGAUGAGGAGUCGUAUCUUGAGAUGCUCUCUGGGAUCAACCUUUUAAACCGGGCUGUUAAAAGAAGGUGCAAGAAUAUGGUUGAUUUGCUUAUACGUUAUUCAGUGCUUGAUGAUAAAACCGCUUCCAGAAAGUACAUUUUCCCGCCAAAUGCCGAUGGGCCUGGCGGCAUCACACCGUUGCAUUUGGCUGCUUGCACAUCGAAUUCCGAUGAUAUGGUUGAUGCUUUGACGAAUGACCCACAGGAGAUCGGGAUGCUAUGUUGGAACUCUUCCAUAGACGCAAACGGGUUGUCUCCAUUCGCAUAUGCGUCUAUGAGGAAUAACAACUCGUACAACACGCUAGUGGCACGGAAGCUUGCAGAUAGAAUAGCCGGUCAAGUUUCAGUCGGGAUCUCAAACGAGAUCGAGCUACAAACGUCUACUAGAAAUGAAGACCACCAUGAGCUCAGUUUUCGAGUUCGGGACCGCGAAAUACCAAAAUCAUGUUCAAGGUGCGCGACUGUGGCUGCAAAACACCCCCGGAGGAUUCCAGGUUCACAAGGCUUACUUCAUCGUCCCUAUAUUCACUCGAUGCUUGCCAUAGCUGCGGUAUGCGUAUGCGUGUGUCUUUUCUUGCGUGGGGCCCCCGAUAUCGGCCUCGUUGCGCCUUUUAAGUGGGAAAAUUUGAACUUCGGUUCAAUGUAGAGAAAAGUAAGAAAAAGAAACGUGCCUACGAACGCACCAAAAAGAAUAAGUAGGUCGAGGUUAUGGUAGAGAGCGUAAUCUUUAACUUUUGGGAAGGUGAAUAAGCAAAACGGGAUCAUUGACCGGUGUAAAGUUGCUCGAGAUGAGAUGGGUCCUGCCCCUGCCGUCGUCGGUUUUUACGUUUAAGUUUGUGUUUAAAACCGAACGGAGACUUGAAACCAUCAGGAAGUAGAAAAUGGGCAGGUGGGUCGGUGGUGGUUUUUGUCGGGUUGAUGUUAUUGACCGCGGCUGACUUGUUACCAGUAGCGUCGUUCUUCAAGUAUGUAAGUUUACGAUAGCAGAUAGCGUUUGCAUUUCGUUUUUUUGUAUAUUGUUUUGGCAAGAUGGAAAGGAUGAUAUCUGUAAUCUUGUCUCUGUUUCUUGCUUAAUAGACUCGGUUUU